UGGCUAUUAUUGGAAAUCCUAAGAAAGAUAACGUUAAAGGAUCUAUUGUUUAUCUAAAUAGCCCUUUGGUAUAAAACAUCAAACCAUAAAGUGUUCUGCAUCAGUUCUUCGGGAUCAGUUCAGCAGAACAGGAAAAUAUGAAGUUCAUACUGUUACUAUCGGCGUUAGUAGCCUGUGCGCUAUCCGCUGAAAUACCUCGUGAGCCUCAAUAUCCAUUAAAUGCUGAAUCCCAUCCUGUUUUCAAGAAGCAUUCUGAGGAACAUCACCCUGUAUAUAGGGAUGAAAAGUCUGAGGUGAAAGAAAGAGAAGAUGUUUUAAGAGGAAUGGUACCGAUUGCAAAACAUGAUAUGCUUGCUGACGCACCAGCUCCCAUAGCCGAUAGCUCUGACAACAUGCCUGCCACGGGCUUCAUUAAUCCUGGUGAGGUGGCCUACCCAGAUAUACCAUAUGCACCGGGUUACGGCUAUGGAAAUGCAUAUGCCAAUGCAUAUGAUCUCUAUGGUAACAGCCUGAGUGAUUAUUUCAUGGAACCAGACACUUCGUCUAUGGGACUGUUAUGGAGUCAAGUACCUAAUUCACGGACGCUGGUGAGCUACGUGGGUAGAACAAUUCAUUGGGUGUUUAGCAGCAUCUUUGUGAUUAUGCUCGGUUCCCUCCUCACAAUUGGCGUUUGUAGCUACACGAAUCUUUGCUCCAUCACAUUCAAUGGAGUUGGCCCUAUACACGAGGAAAUGCGAUCCCUCAUCACGCCAGAGAGAUUGGAGAAGAUAAGCACGGCGGCAGAUUUUGUUAAAACUGCGAUUAACAAAUAUCAAACAAUUCAGAAGGUCGCUGAUAAUAGAAACCGCAGAUCGUUUUAA